AUGGGAACAAACAAAAUAUACGUUAAGAUUCUACUGCUACUCACUGUUGUUACGGGUACUUUUGCGUGGGGCCUGACGGACCUUCGAUUCGGCCUUAAUUUUUUUGUGUAUACAAUAGACGAUUACGGUAAUACGCUCAAACAACAGCUAACCGUGUUUAACAACGAACAAAACACGAGUGAAUCUAAUUAUCGGAACAUUAUCUCGUUCAAUCUAUACACGAGAAAUAGAAGAAAAGACUAUGUGCGAUUAUACAUCAACGAUGUCGAAAGUUUGAAACGUGGUCAAUUUGAUCCAAGGAAACCUACAGUGUUCGUCGUCACCGGUUGGGAAACUUCUUGCUUCGAACAACAAUGCACCUACAUUCGUGACGCAUAUUUACAGCACGGCGAUUACAAUCUCAUUCUGAUCGAGUGGCACGAGAUAUCGACAUACGAAUACAUCUGGGUGUCCCUUCAGCUUGUUAAGGUGGCUAAGUAUGUUGCUCACAUGAUCGAUUUUCUCGCCUCGCAAGGGAUGGAUCCGUCUAACACGACAGUGAUCGGCCAUUCUCUUGGCGCUCACAUUGCUGGACUUUCAUCUUAUUACGCGAAGAACAAAGUGAAUUACGUCAUUGGCUUGGAUCCCGCUGGUCCCGGUUUUCAUUUCAGAGGUCCAGAUUCAAGAUUGUCUAAAGAGGAUGCAAAUUACGUGUUAGUGAUUCACACUUCCGAUAUUUACGGCAUGGACCAGUCAAUCGGCCAUGCCGACUUUUAUGUCAACGGUGGAGUACAUCAAAAUGGUUGUAACGUCCCUCUACUUUGUGAUCAUAUUCGAUCAUACGAAUACUUCGCCGAAUCUGUAAACAGCAAUGGCUUCGUAGCUCGAAAAUGCGACAGUUUUGCUAAUUACGAACUCGGUUUAUGUAACUUGGCUGAGAAAGCUCAUAUGGGAGGCGUUACACCGGACUUCAAUGUUGAAGGAAGUAUUUUUGGCAUCGCCACAUUACCUGUUGGAUUGAGUAUUAAAGUAAAACUUUAUAUCAUAGACGAUUAUGGUAAACAGCUAAGUCUAGAUUACACCCCGUUAGACACCGUAACAGACAUGAGCGAAUCAAACUAUCCGAACACCGUUUUAUUUUACCUCUACACGAAAGAAAGAAGAAAUGAUAGUUUACUGUUGCCUAUUGGCGAUGUGGAAAGUUUGAAACUCGGUCAAUUUGAGCCAAAGAAACGAACAAUAAUUAUCACCCAUGGGUGGAUGAACACUUAUGAGAGCCCAGCGUGCACCUACAUUCGUGACGCCUAUUUUCAGCAAGGUGAUUACAAUAUUAUCCUAAUUGAUUGGGGUGCUUUAUCGCAAAACGACUUAAAGACUGUAUCCAGUCGGGUCCCAAAAAUCGCAAAAUAUGUCGCUAAAAUGAUAGAUUUUCUGGUGUCGCAAGGAAUGGAUGUAUCUUCUACAAUAAUAAUAGGCCACUCUCUCGGCGCCCACAUUGCUGGUCUUGCAUCUCAUUUCGCGAAGGUGACACUAGGCAUCGUUGUCGUAAAGUUCAUAUAUCGUGGAGGUAAGAACAUUCAAAGGCUUUCCACAAAAUUGAUGUUUGUUACAGGUUUAGAUCCAGCUGGUCCUUAUUUCCAUCAGAGUGGCAUAGAUAAGAGACUUUCUAAAGAGCAUGGACACUGUGUACACGUGAUCCACGCCACUAAUAUUGUCGGUUUGAUGGAUGAAGUUGGUCAUGUUGAUUUUUAUCCAAAUGGUGGGAAAGACCAAGCGGGCUGCUUAAUUCCUCAAACAUGUGGCCAUGAGCGAUCGUACGAGUAUUUUGCUGAAUCCAUACUCAACAAUACAUUCUUAGCUCAUAAAUGCGAAAGUUAUGAUAAAUAUACGCUCGGUCUAUGUAAGUCACAUACAACUGCUCUUAUGGGUGGUGGUAUACCGAGCUGUAACAGUACGGGAUCUCAUAUGUUGGUAACGAAUACGAAACCACCAUUCGCGAAGAACUAG